AUGUCUGGCGCGGAGGCUGGCCUCGUUAUCGGCUUGAUAUCUGGAAUAAUCAGCAUUGUCGAAGCUACCUGGACCAUCUACAGCGACAUCAAAGAUACGAAAUGUCUCCCACGAACAUUUCACCAAACUGCCGAAACUCUCCCACUUGUGGAGGACACGCUCCGGAUCGCGCAAGGAUACAUCGACAAACACGAGUCGACAGAAGAAUCUUGCAAAGCGAUGAAGCCUAUUCUGGAAGGCUGCAAGACAAAAAUUGAGAAGUUGCAAAACAUCUUUGGAGAAAUUGCUCCGCAGCCUGAUGAUUCGAGAUUUGACUCUUAUCGCAAGGUUGUGCGCGCUUUGGGCAACGGGAGCCGGGUCGAGACUCUGAUGGAUGGAGUAUUGAAGGACGUCACAGCCUUGGUACAGAACCACGGGAUCAAGACUGUAACGGAUGAAUCACUGAAGAAAUUGGCGAAGGCCAUGGAAGAUCUUUCGGCAUUGCCCCCCUCACUGGAGCCAGAGGAUUCAUCGUCGCAUAUCAGCCAUUACGGAUCGGGGGAUAUACACCAUGCGGGGGGCGACAUUAUCCAUGGCAAUCAUAACGAGUAUCAUGGGAGUGGAUCGGCGCAUUUUGGAAACGUCAUACACAAUGGUAUUUCCGGGGACGAGAGAAAGACAAAGCUACUGGGCCGCCUUUUUACCUCCCCUUACGAAGAUCGCAAAAACAGAAACCCGCCACGUGUUCAGGGAACAUGCGAGUGGUUCACCAGCCACCCACACUUCAGACGCUGGCAAGAGAAGGAAGACUCGGCCUUCCUCUGGGUAUCUGCAGACCCUGGCUGUGGAAAGUCUGUUCUCGCCAGGUAUCUGGUGGAUGAAGCGCUCCAGUCGACGACGGCCCCAAAGACGAUAUGCUAUUUUUUCUUCAAGGGUGAUUUUGAAGACCAGAGAAGCCCGGAAAGCGCCCUAUGCUGUAUCAUCCGCCAAAUAUUCAUACAAAGACCAGAACUUCUCACAGAGGCCAUCGUCAAAGUGUUCGAAGAGGGAGGAGAGACCAUAUUCAACUCGUUCUCCAGCCUCUGGGACACUCUCAUCCGUACCACGAGCGAGCAUUCUCCAGGAGAAAUCGUCUGCAUCCUAGAUGCGCUAGAUGAGUGCGAAUACAUAGGACGCCGUGUCUUGAUGAAGGCACUCAACACACUCUAUAUCACCGGUGCCAGGAAAUUCGGCUUGAGGUUUCUCGUCACCAGCCGACCCUACGCUAAUAUCGAAAAGGAAUUCCAGACUCUCAAGAAAGAAUGUCCUACGAUACACCUGAGUGGAGAACAUGAGACCGUGGUGGAUCAGAUUUCCACGGAGAUUGAUCUUUUUAUCAAACAGAGAGUGAAGGAGCUUGGUGCAGAGAUCCAAUUGCAAGCUGAAGAAGUCAAAAUGGUGGAGGAAGAGCUUACUGCCAACGCGAAUAGAACGUACCUUUGGGUUUACCUUAUUUUCGACGCUAUCAACGAAAGUCUCCAUUUCACGAGGAAUGGACUAGCCACGACUAUUCAUAAUCUUCCCAAAUCUGUCAACGAAGCUUAUCAUAAUAUUCUAUCGAAAAGCCGCAAUGUUGACACAACUCGCAAAAUUCUUCACAUCAUUGCUGCGGCAGAAAGACCACUCUCUCUUCAAGAAAUGGCCGUGGCGUUAGCUCUGCAGGAGAGUCAUCGCUCACAUUCUGAUCUUGACCUCGAACUUGAGGCAGAAGAUCGAUUUAAAAAGAGGAUUAGAGACGUCUGCGGUCUUUUCGUGUCGAUAGUAGACUCAAAAGUCUACCUACUCCACCAAACAGCGAGAGAAUUUCUCAUCCAGACAACACCACCAGAUGCUUUCGGCGAUGUCAGCCUAGCACUCCAGUGGCAAAAUUCAUUUUCUCCGAUGGAAUCUAACCGUAUUCUAUCAGAAGUAUGUAUCAGGUACCUUUCGCUCACCGAAUUUGAGAACGCAUCUGCAGCGAGAGAAGGUCAUGUCUUUUUCCAUUAUGCUGCCCAGAAUUGGACAGGCCACUUCCGCGCAGCAAAAUCGAAAAAUCGCGAAGAGAUUGUACUAUCAGCCCUGAUGCUAUGUGCUGCUUCGGAGAGACGCUUAGGCUGGCUCCAAGCCCAUGAAUCCCCUCUUGGAAAUUCCGACGACAUGACACGAGCACCCUCCGCACUGAUCAUUGCCUCGUAUUUUGGGUUGGAUGUACUGGUUGCUCGAUUAGUCGAGAUGAAAGGGGUAUCUAUGAAGUCACGAGAUCUCGAACGGCAACGAUCUGCUCUGUCAUGGGCGAGCAGAGGAGGGCAUACCUCGGUCGUGAGUUUACUUCUGAAAAAAAGGCCUAGGUUUCAGACUACGUUACUGAAAUGGAUCCAUUUGCCUAUUGCUAUCAACUCAAAAGACGCCGAGGGCCACACACCACUGUGGCACGCGGUACUCGGAGGCCACAAGGCUGUUGUGGAACUGUUGCUCGAAAACAAGGCUCAUAUAUUUGACGAUGAGACCGGAGGGACUCCACUAUCAAAUGCAGCUGGCAACAGAGAUCUGGAUAUUAUGCGCCUCCUCCUCGACAGAGGGGCUGGUAGCAACGGACGGGAUAGAUGGCCGUUGUUAUAUGCAGCUCAGAACGGACAUCUGGAUGUUGUAUGCCUCCUCCUGGACAAAGGGGCUGAUAUCAAUGGAGUGGAUGAAUCGCCGCUGUUAUAUGCAGCUCAGAAUGGGCAUCUGGAUAUUGUACGCCUCCUCCUCGAUAGGGGGGCUGGUAACGACGGACGGGAUAGACGGCCGAUGUCACAGGCAGCUAGGAACGGGCACGAUGAUAUCGUGCGCCUUCUCCGGGAAAGGGGUGUGGAUUGA